AUGAGAAGAUCAAACACUCUCAGAAAAUGGUUCGAAAAAACUUUAAAAGACAAUGAUAUCAUUAAAUUUGAAUACUCUGUAUAUGAAAAUAUUGAAAUAAUUGAAAAAGAUGUAACAAUAAACGAACUAUCUCAAAUUUACAAAAACGUGAAUACUGAUGAUGAUGAUUUAACAAAAUUGUUAUUAAAAGAAGCAUCUGUACAGAAACUUAGAAGACCAUCUCAACCAAGUUCAAAAACCUCGGAAAAUUCUAUAACAAGAACAUCGAAUGAAACAUCUGUUCGAGGAGUUCUGGAGAUUCUUUGA